AUGUCUCCAAAAUGCCCAGACAGACUGUUACCAAAGAUCCAAUGGAAGAAUCAGGAUCAAUAUGUCGACUAUGGGAAAAAGCUCAAUCUUAUUCAGAUUGGAGCAACUGUCCCAGCUACUGUUCCAGCUAUAGUUCCUGGAGCUUCAGCGUCCGCAAGUGGAGCAUCAAGUGUUGCAGGAAGCGUUAACACACCUUUGCGACUUGCUGGUACUACAGGUAAUCAAAUGAUGCAAGUUCCUUCUGGAAUGCAGCUCAUGCAGAUUCCAACUCAAGGUGGGGGCACUGUUACUGUCCCUUAUUCUAUGAAUGCUAAC